AUGGAGGUUGAGAUGGAGAAGAAGUACAUAUCAUCCGAUGAACUGCAAAAGCACAACAAGAAAGGAGAUCUAUGGAUCUCAAUUCAGGGUAAGAUUUACAAUGUUUCUGAUUGGGCUAAAGAUCACCCUGGCGGAGAGGUUGUUUUGUUGAAUCUCGCUGGUCAGGAUGUUACUGAUGCGUUUAUUGCAUAUCAUCCUGGUACUGCAUGGAAACAUCUUGAUAAUUUUUUUACUGGAUUUUACCUUGAUGAUUUUAAGGUUUCUGAGGUUUCUAAGGAUUAUAGGAGACUUGUUUCUGAGUUUGUGAAACUGGGUUUGUUUGAAAAGAAAGAACACGUUACUUUGUUCACAUUAACAUCUGUUGCUAUUAUGUUAGCUAUUGUUGUUUAUGGUGUUGUGGGUUGUUCCAGUAUUUGGGCUCAUUUGGGUUCUGGGAUGUUGUUGGGUUUGCUUUGGAUGCAAAGUACUUAUGUGGGUCAUGAUUCCGGUCACUACGAGGUUAUGUCCAGUCGGGCUUAUAACAAAUUAGCACAGAUUAUUUGUGGAAAUUGUAUGACUGGUAUAAGUAUUGCUUGGUGGAAAUGGACUCAUAAUGCUCAUCAUAUUGCUUGCAAUAGUCUUGAUUAUGAUCCUGAUUUGCAGCAUAUCCCAGUUUUCGCUGUCUCGUCGCGAUUAUUCGGGAACAUCAAAUCUUAUUUCUAUGAUAGACAGUUGACGUUUGAUGCUUUGUCUAGGUUUUUGAUCAGUUAUCAGCAUUGGACUUUUUACCCUGUCUUGUGUUUCGCAAGGCUUAACUUGUACCUUCAAACGUUUUUGCUAUUGUUUUCACCAACGCGACAUGUCCCUGAUAGACUCUAUAACAUUAUGGGGAUCGCCGUGUUCUGGAUUUGGUUUCCUCUUUUAUUGUCAUGCCUACCUAGCUGGACGGAAAGGUUGAUGUUUGUUCUUGCUUGUUUUGUUGUUUGUUCCAUCCAACAUCUUCAAUUCUGUUUGAACCAUUUCGCUGCAAAUGUGUACGUCGGUCCUCCAAACGGAAACGAUUGGUUUGAGAAGCAGACAAGCGGAACAUUGGAUAUCACUUGUUCAACAUGGAUGGAUUGGUUCUUUGGUGGUUUGCAGUUUCAGCUCGAACAUCAUUUGUUUCCAAGGCUACCUAGGGCUCAAUUGAGGAAGGUUUCGCCAUUGGUGAUUGAUCUUUGCAAAAAGCAUAAUUUGCCUUAUAGAAGUUUGACAUUUGUUGAGGCAAAUCUUUGGACUCUCAAGACUCUCAGAACUGCUGCACUGCAAGCUAGGGAUUUCACUAAUGCUUCUCCACAGAACUUGUUGUGGGAAGCUUUUAAUACUCAUGGUUGA